AUGGAGGAACUGGCCCGGGAGAGCAUCAGCCUGCUGGCCCGGUCUGCGUCUCACGCGGAUCCUCCGCGUCUCGGCUCGUUCGGCGCCGUGUUCAUCAUGCUGAAGUCGGCGCUGGGAGCCGGGCUGCUCAACUUCCCCUGGGCUUUCCAGAAGGCGGGGGGAGUGUCCACUGCCAUCACUGUGGAGAUGGUAUCCCUGGUAUUCCUCAUCAGUGGUUUGGUCAUCCUGGGCUACGCGUCGUCUGUCAGCAGACAGAAAACCUAUCAGGAUGUCGUGAGAGAGGUGUGUGGACAAGCCGUGGGUCAACUCUGCGAGGUCUGUUUCUGCUUCAACCUCUUCAUGAUAUGUGUUGCCUUCCUGGUGGUGGUGCAGGACCAGCUGGAGAAAUUGUGUAUUUCUUUAUAUGAGUCAGUGACUGGGUCGAGUGAGGGAGAAAUGCCGUAUCACUGGUACACUGACCAACGAUUUGCCCUCUUCAUCAUGUGCCUCGUCAUCAUCCUACCACUGUCCAUCCCAAAAGAAAUCGGUAUCCAGAAGUACACAAGUGUGUUGGGGACUCUGGCUGCUACAUAUCUUUGCGUGGCAGUGAUUGUCAAAUAUUACCUGAUGGAGAGCCAUGCAGUCGUAAUAACUCCAGAGCACAGCCAAGGUAUAAGUUCCUGGGCGUCGAUGUUCAGUGUCGUGCCAACCAUCUGCUUUGGCUUCCAGUGCCAUGAAGCCUGUAUAGCUAUCUAUAGCAGCAUGGAGAACCAGAAGCUCUCCCACUGGGUGGUCAUCUCUGUGGUCUCCAUGUUCUUCUGUUUGCUCAUCUACACGCUAACCGGUGUGUACGGCUUCAUGACGUUUGGACGAGCUGUCGCCUCAGAUAUUCUGAUGUCUUAUCCGGGAAAUGAUGUGGUCAUGAUAAUUUCCAGACUACUUUUUGGAAUUUCAAUUAUCACCAUCUAUCCUAUCAUUCUUCUCCUGGGGAGAUCAGUCAUCCUAAACCUGAUGUUACGAGUUCAAAGGCGUCGCCGGGGAAUCGUCACUCACUCGUUUGAGAGUCGCUGCAGAGUCGUUCUCACUGUGAUCUGGAUCACCAUUACUCUUCUCAUUGCCAUGUUUGUCCCCGACAUGGGAGAGGUCAUCAGUGUCAUCGGAGGAAUCAGUGCCUUCUUCAUCUUUAUCUUUCCUGGUCUUUGCUUAGUGUUCACAAUGCAAACAGAAAGUGUGACUCCAAGAAUCAGGUUGAUUUUAACAGUCUGGGGGGUCAUAACCAUUGUAGUUGGAGCCUUCAUCUUUGGACAGAGUACAACCAUCGCUGUCAUGGAGCUUUUUCACAAAUUCUAAAUUUGACCACCAUUAUCACCUCUAUCUGCAGCAGCUGCUUCACUGUGACGUUCAUCUCCUUUUGCACAACUGAAUGUUGCAUUUGUGAAGGUGGUUUUUACGUGAACAUGUGACCUUUAUUCAGUCGCCUGUGGCUUGGAUAUGAAAUAUAUUUACUAUGUGAGACUGUAAUAUUUUCAUUUUUGUGAUGCAUAAAUAUUGGAAUUUGAAUGGAUUUUUAAUUGACAAUUAUAUUAAAUCACAUAAAAACUGCCAUAUAUAUUUAAUUGUUAAGUGUGUAUAGGAAAAGAAAAAUAUUUAUGUUCGAAUGUACGGAUUUUAUUGGAUUAUUUUGUUUGCUUUACAAAUAAUAUACCUACACUAUA